AUGGAAGAGACUGGAGACGAAGGCGAGCCUUCAGCGGUGACGUCGACGUCUACACCACCUGCAUUCCAACGAUCUGUUAGUUACUCUUCAGAGCUGCACGAGAAGUUCGCGGUGUUCGCCUUGGUUAACCUAUUGGCAGUGCGAUACUUGCCGCGCUCCGAGAAGAAAAUUGACCAAAUUGACCGUCGACUGGAACAGGUUGUUGGCUUGCUUCAGAAGCUUCCACUCAAUGCGGAACCGACCUCCAAUGCAUCCCUUCAGUCUCCAAGUGGUAGCCAGGGGACUCUGACGACUGAUCCUGGGCUUGCGGCAUCGUCGGUGGUGGAGGGAGAAUCAUCGUUGGCUGCUCAGUUCACCUUCGCCGAUGACUUCAUACAGAAGGUUGCUCGUGGUGAUUCCCCAUCAUGUACCAAUCCUGGCGGAGCGCUGCAACAAAACCUCCAAGUACUCUCUCAGAUUGUUUCUUCCUACAAACAACUUGCUGUAACAGACGAAAUCGUUUACCCCCACGCCAGACUCGUUCACCGGCCAAGCUUUUACGGAUGCGAGUUGCCACCUAUACAAGAGACUGUUAAAGUCAUUCGCGUUGCCGAUUCACAACGACUCGCUGGAACAGGCUGGAUAUACGACUACCUCCCAAUGCACACGUUUUCAAAUACGUGCCUAGAAGUCUACUUUUCAGAACAGUAUUCUGAAGCAGACUUCAUCAUCGUCACCGCCGGCCUCCAUUCCAUUUUUAAGGACUACAGCAAUAUUGUAUCGGGAGAGGAGAAGGAAAGGUGCCUCAAGUAUUCUAAUCUAUGCCGCGCACACCUCGAAACCGCGCUCACCGGUCUGCCACUUCAUCUCCCUGCAACCUCGAAGACAGUCAUUGCUCUCAUCUUUGGUGCCUCUCACUCGAUCGAGCUUUCGAAACCAUUUCUGGCUUGGUCACUGUCCUCAAAGGCGUCGGAGCUGUGCCAAUCGCUCGGCUACCAUCGAGCUUCCCCCGCUAAAAAGGAAAGCGAAGAGGACGCAAAGUUGAAGAAGUUUCUCUUUUGGAGCACCUACUUCUUUGACAAAAGCUUGUCGCUCCGCCUCGGGCGCGCGUCCACGAUUCCUGAAUGGACCAUCACGACUAGCAGGCCGUCCAUCAACGACCAUCAUCAGCAGCCGGCACUGGCUUACUGGGUGUUGUGGGUCGAGACGGCCCGUUGCCAAGGGAAUAUCUACGAGCUGCUCUACAGCCCGGACUCUGUCACUCAACCUGAUGCUGUUCGACAGUCUCGGGUCCAGAGUCUCGUGUCUGAUAUGCAAAAAUUAGAGGAAGCGACCCGGGAGACCAAUAGAAGAUGGUUACAAGAGUCAAAAGACAAGUCGGGAGAAGAUCUGAUGGACUUUUAUGCCUUGUCAGAUGAGACGUUGCGUCUGUCUUUGCUCACACUGGUCCAUCGAGCCGCGCCACGACCUCCAGGCUCGACGACAACUUUCAGCCUCGACUGCGUCAUUGCCGCUCGAUCUGCGCUAGAGAAACACAGAGACUGCGUGGGCAUCAUCAAAAAGAGCGGCAACGAUAACAUCUUUUUCCCACUCCACUUUCAGUGGUCCAUCCUAUACGCCCCCUUCGUACCGUUCAUUGUCAUGUUCUGUCACGUCAUAGAGACGCAAGAUAGGGCGGAUCUUGGCCGUCUGGGGGAAUUCUCCGACUCCAUCCAAGCCGCCGCCCAAGUUUCCGAGGCGGCGUUCAAGGCCUACCACCUGUUCCACACGCUCCACGGCAUCGCGGCCCGCUAUGUCGAGCUUUGCGCGGCAAGCGUACAGGAGGGCCACGGUAAGGCCGGUCCCGAGAUGGACUGGUUCUUGGAGGCCUUGGGUAUCGCGCCGCCUGGGCAGGAGAAUGGCGACCAGCAACGACCAGCCAGCGACAUGCCGUGGUUUGGCACUGGGAUGGUUGACAUUGCGGAAGCUGAAGGGGCGAGAGACAACGGUGUAACACAACGUAGAUCUUCUGCAACACAGCCCUUGGCGCGUGUGGGAAACGAAGUUGAACUGGAGUCUUGGUUUCAGAAUAACGAGGCUGUGAUGGACUUUCUGCGAGACACGGAUUUCAGUUUUGGGAGUAAUUCUUAG